AUGCUUCACAAAGCUCCUACAAUCUUUAGCCAUGUCUCUCAAACUACCGCAAGACCCUACGGCCAUGGUCAACAUGCCUGGUCUCAGGUCUUUGUCAGUUUCCUGCUCGUUCUGAACGGCUUUGGUUACUUCUCGUCCUUUGGCCUGUUUGAGUCCCACUGGGUUGAGGUUCUGCACUCGACCGACUCGGACGUUGCGUGGGUGGGCUCCUUGUCUCUGUUUCUGCUGUUCAUGCUGGGCAGUCUUUCGGGACCUCUCAUGGACAGGGGCCAUUUUCGCUCCAUUGUCAUUGUCGGCUGCUCGUUCCAGAUUCUCGGCGCCUUCACCACCUCGGCCGUCACCAGCUACUGGCAGCUCAUCCUGGCCCAAGGUCUCGUCCAGGGCAUCGGAAAUGGCUUGCUCUUCACGCCGUGCGUUGCUCUGGUCUCGUUAUACUUCACCAAGAACCGGGCCUUCGCUCUGAGUCUGGCCGCGUGUGGUGCUCCUAUUGGUGGCAUUAUUUUCCCAUUGAUGGCCCAGCAACUUACAGGCAAAAUUGGCUACCCUUGGACGAUCCGGAUUUUCGGAUUUAUCAUGCUGUUCAACACGAUCCUCAUCCUCGCCCUGAGCCGCCCACGAAAGUUCAAGAAAGACAAGAGGGCGCUGUUGGACCUUGCAGCCUUCAAAGAGCCCGUCUAUCUGACCUUUUCGAUUGGGAUUUUCUUCACACUUUGGGGCCUCUACAUUGCCUAUUUUUACACAUCCACAUAUGGUCGAACCGAGAUUGGAAUCUCCGAAUCAUCCUCGCUGCGCCUGCUCAUCGUGCUCAACGCGGUGGGUAUUCCGGGCCGCGUGAUUCCAGCGUUUGUGGCGGACCGCUGGUUUGGCCCUUUCAACACGAUGCUACCAUUCGUGGUCGGAUGUAGCAUCAUGCUACUUGCGUGGAUGCGCGUCAGCACUGCCGGGGGCUUCUACGCCUGGGUGGCGCUGUACGGCAUAUGCGCCAAUGCCGUGCAGACGUUGUUCCCUUCGACCACGGCCAGCCUCAUUACUGACCCAAGCAAGACGGGUCAGCGUAUCGGCACUGUCUUCAGUGUGGCCAGUCUGGCUUGUCUCACGGGUCCACCAUUGGCUGGCGUGCUGAUUGGCGUCGGGGGUGGCGACUACAUUUACAUGCAAUUGUACGGUGGCGUCUCUGUCAUGAUCGGCUUCGUCCUGCUUUGUGUCUCGCGCCUUUUCCAGAUCAAGGGAAUGUAA